GACCAGCGCCGCUACAGAUUUUGCACGUUUUAAUAAGACUCGUGUACACUAUAUUGAAAAAGGAUUACAUCACAUAUUUAAAAUCCUUCAAGAAUUCGUUAACAGAAAUGCAAAUAAUGUUGGUGUUUAUAUUAGAACUUAUAGAAAUCAAAAUGCAUAUAUCAUG